AUGGGCAGUAUAGGCUCAUUCAAUCUCCCCGGUUCGAUGCGUGCGUUAGAGUACACCGAGGCUCGAAAGUUCAGUAUCGUUGAGAAGCCUCUUCCGAAGAUCCGUGAACACGAUGUCCUUAUAAAAGUAAAAGCCUGCGGUGUAUGCGGCACAGACCUACACAUCCAUGAUGGUGAAUUCGGAGCUCAAUUUCCUCUCGUCCCUGGCCACGAAACCGUAGGCGUCAUUGCAGCCUACGGCAGCCACGUCACCGGCUUCAGCAUCGGUGACCGCGUAGUGGCCGACAACUCCGAAGUCUGCGGCCACUGCCACUACUGCCGUCGCGGGAAGGAGCUCUUCUGCGAGAAUUUCGUUGCACACGGCGUGAUGGUCGAUGGGGGAUUCGCGGAAUAUGCUGUCUACCCGGCCCAUCGGGUAUUCAAGUUUCAGAACCUGUCUGAUGUGGAUGCAACGCUGCUAGAGCCGGCUGCUUGUGCAGCGCACGGGUUGGAUAAAAUUGCCCCGCAAAUGGGGUCCAAGGUCUUGUUGUUCGGGGCUGGUCCGACAGGGUUAAUGCUCGCUCAACUCCUUCGGCAGAAUGGAGGGUGUCAUACUGUGAUCGCUGCGCCUGGGGGGUUGAAGAUGGACCUUGCGAGGUCUCUGGAUGCGGCGGAUGAGUAUGUGGAGUUGCCGCGGGAAGCGGAUGCCGCGGGGGUGAGGAUGGAGCAGUUGAGGGGUGAGCAUCCGUACGGAUUUGAUAUUGUCGUGGAGGCUACGGGGAGUGCGAGGGUCUUGGAAGAUGCGAUACAUUUUGUGUCGAAGAGUGGUAAGUUGGUGGUGUAUGGGGUUUAUGGCGAUGGGGAUCGGGUCUCGUUGUCUCCGAAUAUGAUCUUUAAGGAGGAGUUUCAGGUGCUUGGUUCGUUCAGUCAGAUGCAUAAGUUCCCGGCUGCUAUUGAUUAUCUUGCAGAUCGCAAACGGAUCAAGGUGGAUGGCAUUGUCAACAAGACAUUUAAGUUAAAUGAGUGGGAGGCUUGCCUUGAUGCUAUGAGGAAUAAAUCGGUCGUCAAGGCCGCCAUUGUGUUUGAUUAG